AUGAUUUCUGUUGUGGGCUAUGAAAAUCAAAAUAAUGUUAUAUACUAUGUUGUGUAAUUUGAGAAUACUGUUUUACAAAAAAGGUACUAAUAGCUUUACAGUUGUAGAUUUUCUUAAUUUGAAGAACUUCAUCAAUAAUUACUUCCUUAUUUUCCUUUACCCAACCUACCACCUAAAUAAUAUGUGACUGUACUGAUUGGCAAAUCUAUUGAAUAAUUAGAAAAACGAUAGAAAGCUCUUGAUGUUUACAUAAAAGAGUUGAACAAGAACCCUCGAAUAGUGAAAUCUUAUCAAUUUUAAUCAUUUUUGGGAUUAGCAUAAUCUAUACAAAUGAUAUAUGAAUUUGAAGGAGUUAGCUAACCAAUCAAAGACUUUACUAUAAAUUUUGAUAUGGGUUUGAUGUUGGUAUUAGGAAGCAUGAAAAAGAGUAUGCCCUCUAUUUUUAAUAAAGUAAAUCAGAAUUCAUAAGCAUUGGGAACUUUAGAAUGUUGGCUUUAAAAAGAAGAAGUAUUUAAGAAAGAAUGGACAUAUCCAUUCACUAAAUAAACUACUUGUUUCCAUCAUCUUGAAUAAACUGUUGUAAUUGGAUUUGAAGAUGGUUCAAUUACUUUAUUCUUAUUGAAUUAAGAAAAUGAGAUAGCAUCGAUAAAAGAAUAUUAUUAACAUUCAUCUAAAGUUCUUGCAGUUUAUUUAGCUAUUGAAUUUUUAUAUUCUAUUAGUGAUUCAGAAUUUAAGUAAUAUUAUUCUUAUUCAUUUCAGAGUUUUCUCUAUGAAUAAAAAUGAAUUUCUAAUUAAUUAAUCUUUGAAAGAACUUAAUGGAUUAUUGAUUAGCAAUAAUAAAGCAUAUGUGCAUGACUUAUUCGGCACUAUUUAUAUUUAUGAUCUCUAAAAAAUGUCCCUCAUACUAAAAUUCGAUACUUAUUUAGAGAACAUUAAGGGAAUUGAAAAAAACAACAAUAAAUUAUAUAUUGUGAAUUAAUCUGGGAUUAUAUAAAUCUUAGAAACAGAAACAUAUACUGUUUUAUAUAAAGGGAAAGGGAAAGUGUAAGUAAGAUAAUAAAUUAAUUAUGAGAGAGUAAAGAAAUAAGUUAUUCUGAGAGUAGAAAAGUUGUAUAUAUUGGCAAUAAAGAUGGUUCAAUAACUGCACAUGAUUCUUCUGAUUUUUCUUCAUUAUGUAAAUUUUGUUAAUAAAUUCUAGUUAUUAUAAAUGCUCAUAUUAAUAGUGUGAGUAGGAUAAGAAAUUUUGAAAAUGAAAAUUUGGUCAUUACAGCUGGUGAAGAUAGAUAUAUUAGAGUAUAAUAUUUAUAUAUUUAUAGGCUUGGAGAUUACCUAGUAUUUUGAUAAAUGAAGGAUAGAAAUAGUCUUAAUUAUAGUAAUCCUGA